AUGAGUUGUAUAGCAGCUAAUAAUUUUUUGUUAAUCGUUGCAAGGGACUUACACCUUGACUGUUAUAACCACAAAGAACAUAGUUACUUUGAUAUCUCAAAGAAGCCGGAGGAAAAUGAUGAUCACAUUUGUGAUAUUACAUUAUCAUCGGAUAACAAAUAUUUAGCAAUAAUAACUUCAGUUUCAAAAAAGCUCAUCAUCUACGACUUACCACAAAUGACAGAAUUUAAGUGUUUCAUACUGCCAAGGAGCGCUAGCAAGAUUAGAUUCUCCUCAGAUAAUGCCAACAUUUUAGUAGCUGAUAAAAGUGGUGACGUUUUAAUUUACGAUUUCAUAGAUGGUAAUUCAGGCACUAAACUUCUAGGCCAUUUGAGUUUACUUUUAGAUGUGUUACAAACCUAUAACAACAAAUACAUAAUAACAUGUGACAGAGAUGAAAAAAUCCGAGUUUCUUGUUAUCCUAAUACAUAUAAUAUACAAACAUAUUGUUUGGGACAUAAAGAGUUUGUAAAUCACAUAGAAAUUUUGCCUCAUAAUGACAAAUUCUUGACAAGUUCUUCUGGCGAUGGCACUGUUAUAUGUUGGGACUAUGAAAAUGGUAAACUUUGUUACACUAUCAAUGCUUAUCUUGAUGUUGAUGACAAUAAACUCAGUGAAAAUUUCUACAAAAUAAUGGAUGAAGAGGGUGUAGAGAUAUCAAGGUUGCCCAUAGUUCAUUAUACUAUUACAAAACUUGAUAAAAAGUCAAGCUUGAUUGCCUCAAUGAUACAUAGUUUUAAUAAAAUUCUAAUUUAUAAGUUGGAAACAAAUGAUAACCAGUUCAAACAUCAAAAAGAAGAAAUGCUACUGCUCAAGAGGUUUCCUGCUGCAAUGGUGUUCAUCAAAGGUGCUUUGCUUUUAUAUGAUGAUGUUGAUUAUAUAGUUUCAAUUAUGUCAAUUAUAAAUUGUAAUGAUAAAAUAACUUUUCAGAUAGACAAAAAGAUAACAAUGUUUGAGGAUAAAAUUGUCACUUUCAAUUCUAGGUUAAGUUUAGAUGCUAUAAAAAUAUUAUACAAAAGGAAAUUUGAUAAUGUACAAGAAUAUCAGGAAAGGAAAAAACAGAGAAUUGAAAAAUUAUCAAAACUAAUUUAA